AUGAACAAGCACUGGACUUUCAAUGCGAUCUACGGCGUCGUCGACCCUCAAGCCAUCAAAUUCAAGGACAUCGAGUUGAACGCGAUGAAAAACCUCGGCGCGCGCACGAGCACCGGCGGAGGCUCUCUUCGUUCGUUCACGGCACCGUCCUGGAAGGGCACCGUGCACGUCCAUUAA